AUGUUCGGGCAACAGACUUCGGGAGCCUCCUCUAACAACACCACUUCCACUGCCCCAGCGGCGAGUCCCUUUGGAGCAACAAGUGGCACGCCAUCAUUCAGCUUCGGGAAACCUGCUUCAACGCCGGGUACGAGUGCGCCCAGCAGCGGUGGUCUCUUCGGCGGUGCGAGCAGCACUACCACAGGUUCCGGGGGAGGGCUCUUUGGCAACAAUACAACUGCUACAACUUCUGCUCCAAGUGCUGGGGUUUUCGGUGGCGGUGGUAGCACUGGUAACACUAGCAGCACAGCACCGGCGAGCGGCGGGCUCUUUGAAAACUCUUCCAGUGCAGGCAACAAACCGGCGAGCUCGAACCUCUUCGGCGGCGGCGCCUCUUCUUCGACACCUAGUUCUGGAGGCCUGUUUGGCAAUGCCCAGGGGAGCACUGGCGCAAACGCGCCUGCGAGCUCGACGCCCGCUUCAGCUGCGCCCAAAUUUGGCGGCUUUGGAAACGCCACUUCAGGAAGCAGUGGGAACCUUUUUGGAGGAAACAAGACGUCCAACGAUGGCCAUACGGGUGAUGCCGCAACCACUCCUGCAAAGCCUCUGUUUUCUUUAGGGGGCUCGACAACACCUGCAGGGCUUCCUCCCAUGGGUCAGAGCAAGGAUUCUGGCGCUGCUCCUGCGCCCAGUCUCUUCGCCUGCGGCUGCUGCUACUACGGGCCCAUCUCUGUUCGGCGCGAAACCAUCCGGACAAUUGUUCGGCGGUGGCUCAGGCUCUACUCCCGCAAGCUCGUCUACAACUGCUGCAGCACCCGCUGCGACUUCCGGGUCGCCCUCGCUGUUCGGAGGCGCAGCAGCAUCAAAACCUGCUGGAGCAGCUUCUACCCCGUCCACUGCGGCUCCUCCUACGACCAGUUCUGCUCCGAGUCUCUUCGGUGCGAAGCCGGCGGCAGCGACGCCGGCCACAUCGUCAGCCGGAACCCCAAGUCUCUUCGGGGCGAAACCUGCGGCCACCACGUCUGCUUCGUCAACGACAACAUCAACCGCCGGUGCCACUGGCCCCAGCUUGUUUGGAGCGAAACCUGCGGCGGGCACAUCAGCAAUCGUCUCUUCGGGGCUGCCAAACCGGCUGAGACAAGCACAGGCACUGAGGUGGGCAAGGACCCGGCCUCGAACUUGUUCGGCGCUGCAAAGCCUGCUGAGAGCGCUGGCGACAAGAGCAAAGAUGCUGCAGGUGCCGACGCUUCCAAGUCCUCAACCACUGCACUUGGAGCAUCAACUGCUGGUCCUCCGCCCCAGAUUGCGACCUUGAAGAACAAGACCAUGGAGGACAUUGUGACGCGAUGGGCCAAUGAUUUGAACAAGUACAAGAAGGAAUUCAAGGAGCAGGCGACCACAGUAUCCUCGUGGGACCGACAAUUGGUUGAUAAUGGCGAGAAGAUUCAAAAACUCUAUCUCGACACAUACGAGGCGGAGCGCGCAAGCCACGAGAUUGAACGACAACUAGCUGCCGUCGAGAGCCAGCAGGACGAGCUCGAAAAGUGGCUGGACCAUUACGAAGGUGACGUUCAAGACAUGUUCUCAAAGCAGGUUGGUCCCGGAGAGCAGCUCGGUGGACCCGAUCAGGAGCGUGAGCGCACCUACAAGUUGGCGGAGAAACUCACCCAGCAAUUGGAUGAAAAAUCAAGAGAUCUGACCAAGAUGGUCACGGAGAUCAAUGACAUCUCGGGAACUCUCAACAAGAGCUCCAAACCCGAGGAUCCGUUGAGCCAGAUCGUGCGUGUCCUCAAUGGGCACUUGACUCAGUUGCAAUGGAUCGACGAGAAUGCUUCCUCCCUGCAGUCCAAGGUUGCUUCUGCCCAGAAAUCGACAAGCAACAUGGGAAACCACUACGGUGUCGGGGACAGUGACGCCGCCGAGAGCUUCUAUCGGUCCUACAUGGGUCGAAGGUAG